AUGAACGACUCGUUCGAUCAUCGCACAUACCUAAUUCACCUCCACAGAAACGAGGGGGAGCAUGAGGAGUCUCUCAAGGCCCUACGAGCUGCCCCGCAAGACGUGUUGGAAGACGUCAAACCGAUGGAAGGGAUAGCGGAGGAGAGCACCGAUGAUGAGAGCGACGUGAGCAGCGGCACCAGCGAUGAGGAGGGGGAGGCGCCCGAGUUUGUCCCGUCUGCGUGGGAUAAGUUUGCCACCCCGAUGAAGUCAGCCCUCAGGUCGCCGGAGAAAACCCUCGGAAAGACGGAGAAGAAUAAAUCGAAAGGCGUUUGGUUUAAGAAACAAAAGUACCACUGUGUCUAUGAAUAUCCAAGGGAACCCGAGAGCCCCGUUUUACAGAGUCACGAUUUAUGGAAACCUCAAUUGGAUUACAGUUCGUUUACAGACUGGGAAUUUGACGCAGACACAUAUUUCCCCACAUCGGUGGACGAUAACGAUAUUUUCCCAAGUGGGUAUAGCUACCAACCCAAAAGCGUUUCCAGUAGAAAUCUGUACCAACUGACCAAUAUAUCUGAUUUUGUCCCAAGUAUCGCCGGCCUGGAAGACGAGUUUUUCGUUAGUAGUUCCGCGAGGCCCUUCGACGCCGUCAGUAAUCUGAGCUCGCAGUUCUUCCCGGGCGGCUCCGCCUGGAACGGGGAGAAUGCGACCCCGGACAGCGGCAUGGAAGACGGCACGCCGGGCAGCUCGACGGAGACGAACGAACCCGACGUAAAGACGCAUUUGGUCGUGAGUCUGAAGAACUUGGCGUCGGAGGCUGUUAAAAAAAGUAAGCAGACGAGCAUCAAGAGCAACGACUCCCUAGGCGGCCUCAGGCACACCAGGAACAAGUUAAAAUUAGAUCUGCCGCCAAGUCCGAGCGCUUUCACCUCUACGAAGAUGUUCACCGUGGAGCCCAUGCCGGAGCCGAUGAUCAGGGAGAAGCCGACGUUUACGACGUUUGGGAAGAGCAGGUUUUCGGUCCAACAUGUGGAUACGCCGCCGGACGAAUCGAAGAAUAAAAACGUCUCGUUCGAGGCCUUGCCGUACAAGCCGUUGGCAGAAAUGGAGCCCUGCGAGGAUGUCGAUCACCAAAGCAAGUUCAGCCGGGAAAAGCACAUUUUACAGGAUAAUUUCGAUUGCGGCAAAGGGCACAGCGAGUUCAUAAGGGGAGAAGCUAGUUUGCUGGACAGCGCAGACGAAGAUAGCGGCAUCGAGUCCAGCACGCUCGAGAGAAAAACGAGUAACUAUGGCCUGCUGCAGUGAAGCAGUAACUUCUUUGUUGGAAUUGAUUUUUGUUGUUACGGGAACGUAAAAGGGCCGGAUAUUUAUCUUUUUUGUCCGUUUAAAAUUUUGAAUUCUGUUUUUAUCACUUUUAUUCCCAAUUUAAGAAAUUUUGGGGUUAAAUGAGAAAUUUUAAUUCGAACUUGAAACUGUGUUUAAACUCGAAAUUUCGCAAUUUAACUAGAAAUUUCUCGCGUCUACUUUGAAUUUCGUUUAUCAACUUGAAAUUUCAAGUUUUUGAAUUAGCAAAUUUGAAUUUAAAUACAAAAUUUUGGAAUCCAACUGGAAAUUUCGACUUAAAACAAGAAAUUUGGAAUUAGAACUUACAACUUUGUGUUGAAACUCGAAAUUUUAAGUUUUUGUGGCUUGAAAUACAAAAUUUCGAGUUUCAACUUAAAUUUUCGAGUUCUGAACUUGAAAUUUUUCACUUUGAAUUUGUAAUAUUUCAAAUUGUAAUGCUUUCGAGUUUGAAUUUGAAAGUUUGCAUUUAAACUCAAAAUUUUUAAUUUAAAUCGCGAAAUUACAAGUUUCUACUUGAAAUUUCAAGACUACAAAUUUUUAAUUUUAGCACAGUUUUUCAAGUGAAAUAAAAAUUUCAAAAUUCCGACAU